UUUCAGAUGGAAGAAGAAAAUACACCGGAAGUCCAAUUUGAACAAGAUGAAAACGAGGAAAACACCCUUCAAAUCGUAGACAGCGACCUUGUCAUCGAGAACUCUGUCACGGAGAAUGUUCCCUCAGAAAAUCAAGAUGUAGAGAUGGAAAUAGUAUCCGAUUCGGAAGAACCUCUAGAACCUCCUGUGCCGGUUGCAGUGAAUUUUGAAGAAGCACCAGUAGAAGAAGUUCCAGGGGAACAAGAAGCAGUGCUGGUCGAAGAAGAAGAAGAAGAAGUACCUGCAGAAGCAAUUGAAAAAUCUCAUGAACAAAGAGAAUCCUUCAUGGAAAUGUUUAGAAUAGCUCCGAGAAUUCGAGAUAUUCUACCAGAUUUGCGCGUUUUUAUGAGCCAUCCGGACGUUUUAGACGAAGAUCGGAAAGAAGUUGAGGCUUUAGUAGAGGCAAAAAUUCAAGAUGAAAAGGCGAAAAAGAAAGCUGAAAAGGUAUCGAAGAAAGAAAAAGAAGUUGAAAAACCACCAGUGUCAUUGGAAGAAGCUGUUAAAACUGUUACCGGAAUAGAUUUGGCCGCAAUACUUCAAAAAAUUCCGAAAAAUCCUCAACAAAUCGCCCCUGUUACAAUACCUCCGCCUGUGGUUAUGCCUCCGCCUAUCGUAAUUCCAGGAAUGCCAAAUGCUCCAGCUGUUACAGAAGUUCUGAAUCUGGUUUCACUGCCGUUAAAUGCCAAACCCGUGCCAAUCCCAAUUGCGUCUUCAGUAAUAGCACCCAAUUAUGCAACUGCGCCACCGAUUGCUCUGACAGACCCGAACGUCGCUUCAAUUGGACACGGAAAAGCUGGAUUUUCUACGCCUCAUCCGAAUGAAAUUCCAAUUGAACUAAGACAUUCCAAACCAGACAUGAUUGCUCCAAUUCCAGAUGAGCUAAGAAAUCUUGGUGCCGUUCCAGUUGUUACUUCGAUUCCUACAAUUCCUAAUGAGUUCCUACCUCCAGAACAACGAAUUCUUGGAUCGUUACCACUCACUUUUGUUCGUCCUCCGAUGCGGAAAUCCCUGUUUCUCUCUGGUGCAAGAUCAGGAAAACGAUGUGACAGAAUUAAAAUGCAGAGAAAGAAGGAUAAAAAGGAAGUAAAAUUGGAAAAGAAGCUGGAAAAGAAGUCAGAGGAUUCUCUGGAAUCAGUGGAAAAACGGCCCCGUGGCGGACAUAGAGGUCGAGCUGGUGCAGGCAGAUCAAGCUUUGAAGCAACAGGAAUGAAUGCUCUUCCUCAAGGACUCAACAAGAAUUCUCCGCUUGCUGUUAAACGUUAUCAUGCUCGUCAACUUGCCAAAGAAACUGGAAUGACAUUGGAAGAAGCUAUGGAAGAAAUUGAAGAACAAUGUAAUGCAUUUGGAGGUGAAGAUACUCCAGAAGCAAUUGAACACGAUACAAAACUUAUGGAAAUGAUUAAGAAACGAGGUGAUGAACAUUGGAAUCAACGACAUAAUUAUACACCUGUUGAUCAUUCGAAAGGAAUUCCUGGAGUCGAUAGACCACCUGGUGGUAAUAGGGAUCGUGGUGAAAAGGUUCGGAGCAAGUCGCCAGUUACAGGAGUUGAUAGACCACCAGGUGGAGACAGAAUUGAACGAAGUAGGGAUCGAGAACCGGGUGGUGGUGUUCCUGGGGUUGAUCGGGCGCCAGGCAGAGGAUCUCGUGGAAUCGAUCGCCCACCUGGAGGUGAUUCUCGUGGUGUUGAUCGACCACCUGGAGGUGGAGGAAUUCCUGGAGUAGAUCGGCCACCAGGAGGUGGAAGGCGCGGAGUUGAUAGACCACCAGGAUCUGGAAUGCCUGGAAUCGAUCGGCCACCUGGAGGGGAUCGAAUGGGUGAUAAGCAAAGAAGAGGAGCGAGAGGAGGUGUUAAGGAAAGAGAAAGAAAACGAAGAAGAGAUGAAUUCCAGCGAGGAGGUGGUGGUGGUGGCCGAGGCGGUGGCCGUGAUGGUGGAAGAGAUUAUGGUGGUCCUCCGCAAAAAUCUGGGCGACGUGAUCGAUAUGAUGAUUACGAUCGAUCGUAUCAAGGAACAAGUGGAUAUGGACAAGAUUAUGAUUCACAAACAUAUGGAGAACGUGGUUACGAUGGACAUUAUCAAGGACAAGAGGAUUAUUAUGGAAGUCAAGAAGGAUAUGGAGAAUAUAAUCAGCAACACUACGGUGAAGGAUACGAUCAACAAGGAUAUGGGCAAAAUGGAGAUUCAUAUUAUGGACAUGAAGGCCAAGAUGCAUCGACAUAUUACCAAGAAGAUGGCAGUCAAUACUACAAUCAAUACUACGGUACUGCUCCUGCAGAAGGUGAAGCUUCAGCUGUAACUGGAACGGAUUAUCAUGCAACAUUCAGUGUACCACCACCACCGGCUCCCCCUCCGUCAUAAAUUUAAGAAUUGGGAAAACUAAAUAUUUUUGAAUCAAAAAACUUCCUUUUUCAAUAUUUUCUUCAAUUCUUUCCCGAUUUCUUUCAAUUUCAAUAGUUGACUUUUAUUUAUUUUUAAUUUAUAAAAUUUCUUAUAUUCUUCUUCCUCCUUCUAUUGUAUGAAUAUUAAAAACAGGUCCUUCGACCCGAAAAAUCCCCUUC